AGUUCCUGUAAGAAGGUGAUGCUCUAGAGCGCGUCACUAAUGGUCCCCACCAGUCCCGACUACGUUAUAUGGGAGUUAUACGGCCCUGACGUGCACAAACUCCCUAUUCUUGAAUGUACUGUAUAACUGUGAAUUGUGUGUCAUGAAACAGGGUAUAGUACGUAGUUUACGUGGUUGGGUUUGGUUGGGUUGAGUGUGACAUGUCAAAGGAAGGAAAUUGUUGGUAAUUUGCUGAAAGUUUUUACAUAGUGCAUUAUGAAGCUACAUAUAUUACUCUGUGUACUAUUUACAACAUGUUUGUGGAACUUAACGGAAAGUCAAGUCAGGAAAAAAGAUGAAAGCCAAAGCAAAGUGACACAAUGGACAUUCAGCGUGUUGGGUUUGCAGCAGAAGCUAUUGCAAAAUGGAUAGGAGAAAGAACUGAUGUUCAGUUAAGAGUGUUCCGUCCUCCCAACUAUUCUGGAACAGUAGCACUUAUUCUACUGUUUGGUCUUGUGGCAGGUUUCUUAUACCUGAGACGUAACAAUCUUGACUUUUUAUACAACAAAAAUUGCUGGGCGAUUAUUGCGGUGUUCUUUUGCUUUGCAAUGGUGUCUGGGCAAAUGUGGAACCACAUAAGAGGCCCUCCAUUUGUACACAAAGCAUCAGGUGGUGGCAUUGCCUACAUUCAUGGAUCUUCUCAAGGACAGUUUGUCCUGGAAACAUAUAUUAUUGCUGUUCUAAGUAUCCUUACCAAUGUUCUUUUCCUUAGAUUUUUAAGAGAAAUCUAUGGAGCUAUCGUUCUUGGAAUGAUCUUAAUGACAGAGGCUGCGUCUCACAAAGGAGAUGUGAGAAAACGUCGUAUUCUUGCUAUUGCUGGUCUUGUGUUAGUGGCAACUUUUUUCAGUCUGAUAUUGUCAAUUUUCCGUUCAAAAGCACAUGGGUAUCCGUACAGCUUUCUGUUCAAGUGAUCUAUCAUUCCGAAAAUCCAUCUACAAAAUUAUUUCAUUCACAGAAUUUUCAAGCAAGGUUAAAUAGGUUUUAGUUCUUAAACUCUCAUGUUGGGGCUUCAUGUUUUAUACAAAUUAAUUAAAUAUUCCUCAGUAUUCAUCAUAAUUAUUCAAUUACUAAUUGUUUAUUUCUGUGCAAAUAUACGUAGCUUUCAAAUGCACGAGAUCUGUCAUUAUGGUUUUUAUUAGACAAAAACUGUGUUCUUUUUUUCUCUCUAUGAAAUGUAAAUUUUGUAAUAAUUUAACAGAUCAUGUACUUAUUAUGGAAUCCAGAAUUAAUAGGUACCAGGUCUAGAAUAUUUCCACUGUUCUUCGCAGUAUUUAUAUGUGUAAAAUAACUGAGGAUUUUAAAUGAACUUUUGCUAAUGUUGGUGUUCAAUACAUUAUUUGCUGGAAUUGAAAUCAUUGAAUGUUGGCUCAGGUGUUAAUAAAUUGUUGUUUUGUUAUGUGUUGUUUCUAUUAGUGAUAAUCUUUCACUAAUCCUUAAACAAUAUACCAAUUCCCCUUGCAACAGAAUGGGUCAAACCAGGACAGAAAUGUCAUCUGGGGUGACAAGAAGCUUUUUAAUUAAUAUGUUUUGAUAUUUAAUGUAGAUAUAGUAUUACGGUUCAAUUUCAAUAUGUAUAGUAGUCUCUGUAGUCUGAAGUAACUAGUUCUGAGAACAUAACAUUUUAUGUCGUGGGUUGUCCCUAGGAGAGAGGAAGGUGGGGGGGGGGGGAGGUAUAAAUUGCAAUUCAUCUAUGAAAAUGUUCUUUUCAUUUAUACAUGUGCACCAGUGGCACCGGCUGACUGUAGGAGUGUGAUGUGUUGCACUCCCAAGUGUUUCAACUGUUAUUUUUAAACUCUUCAAUAAAGAAUCUAUUUCUGUUUGUA